AUGGGCCUCGUCUCGACGCAGUCGGGGAGUCCGGCGCGGCAGCAGGACCUCAAUCACAGUAUGUUCCAGAUCCCCCCCGAGUCCCAGUACGAUCAAUCACCCUCGGUCCGCCUUCCUUCUGCGACGUCAGGUAACAUGACGAUGAGAUGGAGGGGAAUGGCAAUGAGAAGGAUGAGCAUGUUUCCUGAAGGGGAUGCCGCCCACGCGGCCUUCACCGAGGACGCCAUCAGGAACGAGAUGGAGAACGAGGAACAGAACCUGGUCAUGGAGCUCGUCGCCCUGUCGACACAAGACCGAAUUCACGCCAUCCGGGAUCUUCCAAUAAGCUUCGACGAGAAGAAACACAUCAGGAGCCAAGUGCUGGCGUUCAAGUCUUCCAGGAAAUCCCGCCAGUUCACGUGUUUUUCGGAUUUCUCUGAGAAUGUGUCCCUGUCUUUCCGUAGGUGCGGUUACGGUAUGAGUUCAGCCAGGCAGACCCUGGAGCUGUGGCAAGGCAUCAUGAAAGAGAUCGGUGGCAAGUUCGGCUCCAGUGUCCUCAUCUACUUCGUGUUCCUCAAGUGGCUCCUCAUGUUCAACAUUUUCUCCUUCCUGGUCAACUUUGGCUUAAUCACCAUCCCGGUGCUGGUUUACGACCACUCUCCCAGUAUACCUCCCAAUGUGAGCUUCAGAGGACUGGAGAUACUAUCUGGAGCUGGUUACUUCGAGUAUACCGUCAUGUACUACGGCGGCUACAGCAAUGAAACCCUGCACGGCCUGAUGGACUACAACAUGCAGUUGGCCUAUUUCUUCACCAUUGCAGUCUACAUGGUUCUGUGUGGAAUGACACUUAUCUUCAGCAUGGACAGAUCCUUCAAGAAAAACUACGUGCUAGCAGACCCAACUUCAAACAGUGCGUGGCAGCUUCUCUGCAGCUGGGACUUCAGCAUUACCAACGAAAGAGCAGUGAGACAGCGCAAGAACAAUCUACGAGUCCAACUCAAGGAGUCGUUGUCAGAGAAGGCCCAGAGGGAGUUGCUCACCCUCUCUGAAAAGCUGAAGCACUUUGGGGUUUAUCUGGGUUCCUGGCUCCUCUCCACCGGCUUGGCUGUCGGCUGCGCGGCCAGCAUCUAUUACCUCUGUCAAUACGAGCAGCAGGGAGCGACAGACGCUGUCAGCCGGUCUCUGCUCCAGGAGGCCGAGACGCUCCUGGUUCCCUUCGUGGUGUCUCUGAUCAACCUGGUGGUCCCACUGUUCUACUCCCUCUUCAACAAGUUCGAGCCCUACUCCAGCCAGCGGCGACAGAUCUACGCUCUGGUCGUCAGAAACGUGUUCCUCAAGAUGUCCAUUCUGGCCGUCUUGUGUUAUUACUGGAUGAAUGUGGUGGCGAAGAAGUUUUCAUGUUGGGAGUCCAUUGUGGGACAGGCGUUGUACCGGCUGGUCAUUGUGGAUUUCCUUUUUCUGAUGUUGGGAUCCUUCUUUGGAGAGUUUCUUAGCAAUGUGAUUGGGACGAGAUUGCUACCCCGUCUGGGGGUACCGGAGUUUGACGUAGCCAGAAAUGUCCUUGAACUCAUCUAUGCACAGACUCUGGCCUGGAUUGGAAUAUACUUCUCUCCGCUGCUGCCUGCCAUCCAGAUCCUCAAGUUCUUCAUUUUGUUUUACGUAAAGAAGGUCAGCCUGAUCCACAACUGCCAGCCUCCGCGGCGAACAGGCAGAGCAGCUCAGAUGCAAACCAUCUUCAUCGCCCUCCUCUUCUUCCCUUUCUUCGUGGGUGCCGUGUCCAUGGUUGCAUACACUUCCUGGAGCCUGACGCCCUCGGAGCGGUGCGGCCCUUUUCGGGGCCUGAACAACACGUUCAGCGUGGUGGCCGUGUGGAUGGGCGACCUGGAGGAGAUGGCCGGCUCUCAAUGGGCCGUCUGGAUCUACCAAAACAUCAUCAGGAGUGAAAUCUUCUACUUUCUGAUCACGCUCAUCAUCAUUGUCAUCAUGUACAUCUUCUGGCAAGUCACUCAGGGCCGCAAGCAGCUCAUCGGUCUCCUGAGGCAGCAGAUCGUUAACGAAGGGAAGGACAAGUCCUUCCUGCUAGACAAGCUCCAGAACCUCCAGACAUCUCAUCCUGACAAAAGACCCAAACAAAAGACUCAAAAGAAGCACUCCAAGCAGCGUCCAGACGACCGCUCCUCCAGCGGUCCGUCCAACUCCAACGCCAUGAUCCAGGCGUUGCUCGCCCGCCAGCAGCUGGAACAGGAGGAAGAGAGACGCGGCGGCGGCGUUCCCUCCGACGCCUCCGCCUCCAGCGCUCUGAUCCAGGCCAUGUUGGCCCGCCAGAGAGACGAGGAUGAAGAGAGACGCUCGUCCUCCUCCGGCGCCUUCGCACAGGCCAGGCAGAGGGCCGAGGGUCGAGAGAGGGACGAGUACCGCGGCGCCGCAUCCAGACGGAGAGCGGCGGCGGCGGAGGAGGACGACGGAGAGGACGGCGCCGCACGCGACCUGCCGUCCUCCGUGUCCAGCGUCAUGAUGCAGGUCAUGCGAGCCAGACAGAGGGCAGAGGAGGAAGAGGAGGAGGAGGAGGUGGUGGACAGGCCUCGGCGGAGGCUCCCCGCUCCCACGCAGAACUCGGCUCCGGCGGGCUCCAGCGCGCUCAUACAGGCCAUGUUGGCACGGCAACAGGCCCAGAACGAGUACGAUGACGGGUACUGAGCAAGGGGAUGACUGAAAAGAACAAGGGAUGACUGAAAUCACUCUUCAGGAUUUGAGUCGUCACCUGUGGAUCAAUUAGCAUCAGUAUCACAGUACAUUUCUCCAGAUUUGCAAUAUUUAAUCCAACAGAACUAAGUGAUAAUAUUGUUGCUGCAGCGGAACCAGAAGAGAGUGCAGGUUCACCUCUUUAUGCACUUUUUUUUUGUUGAAACAAUAUAUUUUAAUAUGUUUCUAUGACUAUAUAUACGCCGUGUAAGUUAAAUAGCUACAUAACUAAAUACUUGGCCCGAUCUUGUAAAUGUCAUUUCUACAUCAUUACCAACAGUUGUAAAUAUUAUUAUAAAUAAUAGUAUAUUCUCUGUGUUCAUAACAAACAGUCUGUAGAGACGACAGCGCCCCCUGUAGGGAUUAUGUAUGCAAUGCCACAUAUUUUAUUAUCACACUGUCUUCUCAAACUUUGAUCUUUCUUCAGUUAUAUUUAAGAUACAUUUUAAGACCUAAAAAAAAUUCACUUUGAAUAAAACUAUUUGUUUACUUUGGUUUUUCCACAAAACAUUUAAUGGCCUUGUUAAAUAAAAAUGAUCUCUACCCUGGAAGAAGCAAUAACUAAAAUUUUCUUUUUUUAGGGAUUUAAUUUCAAGCAUAUUGGUCGUAAAAACCACAAAUAAAAAGAGACAUUUCCACAGCAUUGGGUAUUUAUUUUACUUCAGUCGAAGCAGAAACAUGAAAUUAAAUUACACACUGCACCGAAAAUGCUGAGAAACUAUAUUAACUGUCGAAAGUGUUCAAACUUAAAAAUACUGCGACGGUCUACGCUUAUAUAUAAGUUUCUCUGCAGUUCAUCCUGAUGCGUGUGUUGCAAAAACUGCUUUUGGGCUUAAUAUACAAUUAGAAUAAAAGUAACUGAUUGUGAUUGAACAGAAAAAUUACACAAACUUUCCAGUCAUUUUAUUGACACAAACACUCACACUCCACAACUUGUUUACAAUGUAAACAUGCAGGCACAGUAUAUGCAAUAUUUUGUUUUUUUUGUGGCUUUAUUUCACAAUGAAUAAAAACCAGUGGCCAGUG